GCAGAGCUGCAUGUCUGCUCUAGACUUUAGAGAGACCACAGCGUUGACUUACGGAGCAAGCUGCAUUUUGAGUUCACACUCAUUUCUCAUAUAUUAUUUCAAGGAAGAGACAGGAUGGAAAACGGCAAUAAUGAAAUGGGAAUGAAAACAGGGGAUAAUGCUCACACUCUAAAUAUAAAUGUGACACAGGACACUGAUGCAGAGCUCAGAGCAGAGAUUUCCCAGUCAUCCCGCUCGCUCAUUGUCCAAGGAGAACCAGAAAAUGUCGAACCCAACCCUCGGACCCAACCUGCGCCCACAGACAAUGAAAAUGCUAUAAAGCCAAAUCUCCAGAUAACUUUUAACACAUUCACUGUCAAAAAUGGUGAAGAACUCAAAGUAGAGAUCCCAGUGGCUGGGCGCCCAGCCCCAAAGAUUGAAUGGAAAAAAGAUGGUCAAGCAGUUAAAGAGACAUCAAGGCUAAUGGUUUUAACUACAGCCUCAUUAACAGUCCUUCAUAUCAGACACGCUGCCAGGGAGCACUCCGGUCAAUACUCAAUCAUAGCUAGCAACAGUGCUGGUCAAUACACAGGAGAAAUCACUGUUGUUGCUCUUGAAAAACCGGACCCACCCACAGGGCCCGUGAGGAUUGAUGAGGUCAGUUCUGACUACGCAAUCCUCUCUUGGGAGCCACCUGAAUACACAGGAGGCUGUCAGCUCGACAACUAUGUGGUGGAGAAACGGGAAACUACAAACACAGAAUGGCAAACCGUGUCGGCAACAACAGUAAGAACAACAAUCAAAGCUACCAAGCUGAAGACAGGAAGCGAAUAUCAAUUCAGAGUGUUUGCAGAAAAUAGGUAUGGAAAAAGUACAGCAAUCACCUCUCCUAUUGUAACAGCACAGUUUCCAUUUACUGUGCCGGCUGCUCCUGGCACCCCGGUUGUGUCCACUGUGACAAAGUACAGCAUGGUAGUUGAGUGGGAGCCUCCAGUCAGGGAUGGAGGGAGCCCCAUCACUGGCUAUCAUCUUGAACGUAAAGAGAAGAACAGCAUUUUGUGGACCAAGCUAAACAAGUUUGCUAUAACUGACGCUCGCUUCAAAACAAGUGGACUAGAGGAAGGCAUUGAGUACGAAUUCAGAGCUUUUGCUGAAAAUAUCGCUGGACUCAGCCCACCUAGCAAGAUAUCUGAAUGCUAUGUAGCAAGAGACCCCUGUGAUCCACCUGGUAAGCCUGAGGCCGUUGUCAUUACUAGAGAAAACAUCACACUUCAGUGGGAAAAACCCAAGUAUGAUGGUGGAAGCACCAUUACAGGGUAUGUUGUUGAAAAGAAGGAGCUUCCAGGUGGCAGAUGGAUGAAGGCAAACUUUACGAAUGUUAUAGAGAAUGUUUUCACGGUCACGGGUCUGACUGGAGGAGAAAGUUAUGAAUUUAGAGUAACUGCUAAGAAUGGUGCUGGUGUUUGGAGCACACCUUCAGAAAGUGUAACCAUCAUUGCUCAGGAUGUUAUUGAGGGGCCCACCGCAGUCAUUGAUCAAAAGUUCAAGAGUACUAUUGUUGUUCAGGCUGGAGAGACAUUUGUUAUUGAUGCUGAUUACUUUGGGAAACCCCUGCCUGAGGUUACAUGGCUGAAAGAUGGUAGAGAAAUUGACAAAGUUACACCGAGGACGGAGCUCAAAAAUACCCUCACUCAUACAACUCUGACUGUCAGAGACUGUACACGAGUGGAUGGGGGGCGCUUUGUUUUAAGCCUCAGUAACACUGGUGGAACGACAUCGGUUCCAGUUAAUGUGAAGGUCCUGGAUAGACCCGGUCCUCCAGAUGGAGAACUCAAAGUGAAAGUUGUCAGCGCAGAAAAGUGCAACCUUCACUGGAACCCGCCUGUAAAUGACGGAGGCGCCAGCGUUACCCACUUCAUCAUUGAAAAAAGGGAGACCAGUCGUGUAACAUGGACAGGUGUGGACCCUCACGUUGAAGCCGUCAGUUACAAAGUGACGAAACUGGUUCCUGGCAAAGAAUAUAUAUUCAGGGUUGCUGCCGUGAAUAAAUUUGGCGUUGGUGAAUUUCUGGAAUCAGAGCCCUUUGUUGCACAAAAUCCUUUCACAACACCUAGUGCACCUUCUACCCCUGUAGUCAGCGCUGUGACAGGUGACUCUUUAGUGCUAACAUGGGAAAGGCCUGAGACAGAUGGAGGCUCAGAGAUCGAUGGCUUCAUCGUGGAGAAACGUGACAAAGAGGGUGUCAGAUGGACUAAGUGCAACAAGAGAAGACUGAACGACUUACGUUUCCGAUGCACAGGUCUCGCAGAAGGACAUUACUAUCAGUUUAGAGUACUUGCAGAAAAUGCAGCUGGUGUGGGUGCACCCAGUGAGCCAAGCGAGUAUAUAAAAGUAUGUGAAGCUACUUACCCACCUGGUCCACCUACAAACCCCAAAGUGACAGACUAUUCCAGCAACACUGUGUCUCUGACUUGGUCAAAGCCUAUCUAUGAUGGCGGAGCAGCCAUCAGUGGAUUUGUAGUUGAGAUGAAAGAAGCAGCAGAAGAUGAAUGGAUCACAUGCACACCAAGCACAUGUGUAGAGGACACAAACUACACUGUGACGGGGCUCAAAACAAAUGCAUUGUACAAUUUUCGCAUACGUGCAAUGAAUGCUGCUGGAGUUGGAGAGCAAGUGGAUCUACCUGGGUGUGUGGUAGCAGCUGAAAAAUUAGAGGCACCAGAGAUUGAACUGGACAGUGCCUUAAGGAAGAUGGUCAGUGUUCGAGCCUGUUCCACUUUACGUCUCUUUGUUACCAUCAGAGGGAGGCCAGAGCCUGAAGUUAAAUGGUUGAAGGAAGGCGGCACUCUCAGUGAGCGUGCUCAAAUUGAGGUAACAAACUCCUACACUGUGUUACUAAUUGAAAACGUCAAUAGAAAUGACACCGGAAAGUAUGUGUUGACUGCUGAGAACUGCUGUGGCUCCAAAUCAGCAUUCAUCAACGUCAGAAUAAUGGACUCUCCCAGUGCACCCACAAACCUAGUUGUAAAAGAUGUAAAGAGAGACUCUGUGUCCAUCUCCUGGGAGGCACCCUUCAUUGACGGAGGAGCAAAGAUUUCACACUACAUUGUAGAAAAGCGAGAGGAAGCCAGGAAGGCAUUCACAAGCGUCUGUAGCAACUGCGUGAGGAAUUCAUACAAGAUUGACAAUCUCCAGGAAGGAUGUUUCUAUUAUUUCCGUGUUCUGGCUGUGAAUGAGUUUGGCACUGGACUCCCAGCAGAGACCAUUGAGCCUGUUAAAGUGUCUGAGGCUCCUCUGCCUCCUGGCAAAUUCACACUCGCCGAUGUAACUUGCAAUAGCGCAAGACUCUCUUGGGAGAAGCCUGAUCAUGAUGGAGGGAGCAAAAUCACAUGUUACAUUGUAGAAAUGCAGUUAAAAGGAGAUGAGUCAUGGACAGCGUGUUCAGAGAGUAAAGCACUAGAAGUGACUAUUAACGGGCUGACAAAAGGAAAAGAGUAUUUCUUUAGAGUGAGUGCUGUGAAUGAAAGGGGAAAAAGUGAACCAAAGCCCCUUUUGACACCUGUUAUAGUGAAGGACACGAGUGCAGAGCCCAUUAUUAAUCUGCUGUCCAACACAUUCAGCGUGAAGGCAGGGAAUGAUUUGAAGAUUGAUGUUCCAUUCACGGGUGUGCCAUCACCAACAGUAGCCUGGAAAAAAGAUGGAAACUUGCUGAAAGAAACAAGCAGAGUGAAUGUGCAGACAUCCGACACGUCGUCUCAAAUGAUUAUCAAAGACGCAACCAAGAUAGAUGUUGGUGUGUAUGAGGUGACCCUGACCAAUGUUGUUGGAACAACAUCUGCUGAGAUCUCUGUUAAUGUUUUUGAAAGACCUGGACCCCCGGAUGAUCUCAGUGUGAAUGAUGUGAGCGCCGACUUUGUGUCUUUGUCAUGGCAGCCCCCACAUUACACCGGCGGAUGUCAAAUCACUAAUUACGUAGUUGAGAAAAGAGACACAGGCAGCACAAUAUGGCAGACUGUGUCAGCUACAGUUGCAAGGACAUCAAUCAAGAUUUCCCGUCUGACACAGGGCACUGAGUAUCAGUUUCGUGUUGCUGCAGAGAAUCGCUAUGGAAAGAGUCACUUUGUUGAGACAGCACCUGUUGUUGCACAGUAUCCCUUCAAGCCACCUGGCCCUCCAAACAACCUCCACGUUGUGCAGGCCUCAAAGUCUUUAAUGGUCAUUGCUUGGAGCAAACCAGACAGUGAUGGUGGAAGCCCUGUUAUUGGUUAUAAUAUUGAAUGCAAAGAUCAAAGUAGUAUCCUGUGGACCAAGUUAAACAGAAGCCCAGUGACUGAGAGCCAAUACAAAAUAACAAGUGUUGUAGAGGGUCUGAUAUAUGAGUUCCGGGUCUGUGCAGAGAAUAUAGCAGGUGUUGGACCCUGCAGUAAGGCAUCUGAACCUGUAGCAGCGAGAGACCAGUGUGAUCCCCCAAGUAACCUCACAGUCACCAAUAUAACCAACGCUUCAGUUUCACUCUCAUGGGAAAGACCAGAAUAUGAUGGUGGGGCUAAAAUAACUGGUUACAUCGUUGAGCGCAAAGAUCUGCCAGAUAGUUGCUGGCUUAAGUGUAACUUCACAAAUUUACUGGACACCUUCUUGGAAGUGACUGGCCUCACGGAGGGUGAACAGUAUGAUUUUCGUGUUAUUGCAAAGAAUGCAGCUGAGCUCUUCAGUGCGCCCUCUGAAACCACCGGACCUGUUACAGUACAGCAUGAUGUGGAGCCACCCAAAAUUACCAUGGAUGACAAAUUUAGACAGGUGGUGGUUGUCAAAGCAGGAGACCUCCUAAGAAUAGACGCUGACAUCUCUGGCCGUCCUAACCCAACAGUGUUUUGGUUAAAGAAUGGCAGAAAUAUUGGCACCAAGGGAAGGGUUGAAAUAACUGCAACAAAGACACAUACCUCUCUACUAAUCAGAGAAAGUGUCAGGAAAGACUCUGGACAGUAUACUCUGACCUUGCAGAAUACAGGUGGUACAACAUCUAAAGCUGUCAACUGUAAAGUGUUGGACAGGCCAGGUUCGCCUGCCGGACCCCUGGAAGUGUCUGGACUGUCAGCAGAAAAAUGCACCCUCUCAUGGGGACCCCCUCAUGAGACUGGUGGAGCAGAGAUCAUGUACUAUAUUGUUGAGAAGUGUGAAACCAGUCGUGUUGCCUGGACUCUUGUGUAUGGUGACAUGAUGGCAACUACUUGCAAAAUAACCAAGCUGCUCAAAGGAAAUGAAUACCUGUUUAGGGUGAGGGCAGUGAACAAAUAUGGGGAGGGUGAGACACUGGAAAGUGAGCCAGUCAGAGCCAUGGAUCCAUUUACCAUACCAUCCGCUCCAAUGGAUGUUGAAGUCACCAGUGCAACCUCUGAAGCUAUGACAGUCUGCUGGAAGAGGCCCGUCUCUGAUGGGGGUAGCCGCAUUAGUGGUUACAUCGUAGAGAAAAGGGAAAAACAGGGCGUUCGCUGGGUGAGGGUCAAUAAGAAACCAGUUUAUGACCUACGAGUCAAAGCAUCUUGCCUACACGAGGGAUGUGAGUAUGAAUUCAGAGUCUUUGCGGAGAAUGCUGCUGGACUAAGUGAGCCCAGUCUCCCAUGUCCACUAACCCUAGCAGAGGAUCCAAAGUUUCUCCCUUCUCCUCCAGCAAAGCCCACCAUAGUUGAUUCAUCCAAGUCCUCCAUUACUCUGUCAUGGAACAAGCCAAUGUUUGAUGGUGGAGCAGCCAUUACGGGGUACAAAGUUGAAUUCAGAAAGCCUUCUGAUGAAGAAUGGGCUGUUGGUGUCCAUAAUACAGAUAAGACAGAGUUUACAGUAACUGGCCUCAUGGUGGGGACAGAGUAUGUUUUUACUGUCAGAUCCAUAAAUAAGAUUGGCAUCAGCGAGCCCAGUCCUGAAACAGAUCCUGAAGUAGCCAUGGAGAGAGAGGAGACGCCCAAGUUUGAUGUAAGCCCUGAGAUGAGGAAGACCCUACUUGUUAAAGAUGGCAGCUCUUUCACUUUGACAGUGCCUUUCACUGGUAAACCUGUUCCCAGUGUGUCGUGGGACAAAGCACAUGUAGAUCUGAGAAUCAGAGGACUGAUCAACACCACCAGCUCCGUCACAUCUAUCACAGUGGAGCGAGCAACACGUGAUGAUUCUGGCAAAUACACAGUCAAACUGCAAAACGUUGCUGGAUCUGCCUCUUUGACCCUGAAUGUGAGGGUUCUGGAUUCACCUGGUCCACCAAGUCAUAUAACUGUAAAAGAUGUGACCAAGAACUCAGCCACUGUGACCUGGGAUAUUCCUGAGAAUGAGGGAGGGGCCUCUGUGAAGCACUACCUUGUAGACAUCCGGGACAUUAGCAGAAAGGGGUGGACAAGACUUACUGACAAAUGUCGCAGACUGUCCUAUAAAGUGUCUGACCUGGAGGAAGGAGGAAUCUACUUCUUCAGAGUCACAGGUGAAAACGAAUACGGCAUUGGGGUUCCAGCUGAGACCAAGGAGGGAACAAAAAUGACAGAUUCGACAGACUGGGAGACGAACCCGGGAGCUUAACUUCGCUACUCAUCACAAGAUUUUCAUCUAUUUCUGAUUUACAGCACAUUCAGUUUUGUUUUGAGUACUUUGAUUUAGUUCUAAAAAUUUUGUUGAUUGAUUUCAAAUACAUAUUUGAUCAGUUACAUAUAAUGCUCUUUGAUUUAAUAUAUAAGCUUAGGAUGCACUUUUUUUUAGGUAUGCUAUAAUUGUUUAUUUUUUACAUUUAACAUCCUGGUUAAUUUAUGAGCAUAAUGAAUGUCAGAUGUGAUUUAUAGAAGAUAAUGCAUCGUUUAUUUCAUAGCUGUCUGUGGUAAAACUAAAUUUAAAAAAAAAUCAACACCAGAUUGUAUACAAACAAAAUACAACAGCUCUGUAGAGAAAAAGCUGUGUAACAAAUGCAUAAAUAACAAUAUGCAUUAUUAAAGCCAUUUAAUCAACUGAA